AUGCGGAAAAAAAAAAUUACAUUACGAGAAUUUAUCCAUGUCUACGCGACGACUCAAGGGUCUGGUGGUUAUGGAGAGCGCCCUGCCACGCGUGCCAAACGGCUCGCCGAGGCCGUCUACGGUCAACCAGAGGUCUUAGACGCGCUGCAAGAACACCCCGCGUCUGGUGCGACAGGAAUUGUCACUGUAAAGGGUCUGAGGAAGGAAAUGAAGGCACUGGAAGAAGCCGGAGGUAUGUUUAGUGCCUACCAAGUCGACCGUGUCCAAGAGAGAACUUCACCUGCCGGCAUGGGAAGGGAGAAAGAGCCAGAGGGACAGAAAGUCGAGGACUACGAGCGUAUACUGGGCGAUAUGCAGUUUGGGCAGAUGGAACGGUCCGUCGAUAUGGUCAGCAACUAG